UAACUGAGUAAGUGUGUGUGUGUGUAUUUUUGAGGAGAGUGUGAGCUUAGAACAAGCAAAUGGCAAUAUAAGAUUUAAGCACAGCUGCCGCGCGAUCCACGCUGAGUCUUGAGUCUGUAGUCACGUCGUGCGCAUGCCAAAGAAACCCAUCUACAUAAAUAAAUCUAUACAUACCGACAUACAUACAUAUAUAAACUACUUAAAAGCAUAAAUAAGAGCAGCUCGCUCUCAACUCAACUCUCAUCAACAAGUAUGCUGAAGCCAACAUGCCACAAGUGCCACAUUUUACUGCUGCUGGUGCUGCUACUCGGUCUCUGCCUGCAACAAUUUGCAACUGCUGCGCCCUAUCAGGAGCUGGCACCGCGCAAAGGUCAUGUACCAGUCUAUAUACGGCAUGGGGAUGAAGCGCUUAGCGAUAUACAUCCUGGCCUGUCGGAGGCUUUCAAGGAGCCCAACACCCAGUUGCUGCAAGCAGAGAACUUGACAACAACAGAGGCGGCGGCCGCGGCGCCCAGUGUGGAGCUGACCAGCGUUAAGAGCACCAUGGAAACGGACAUUGCCAGCUUCGAUGCCAUCAAAGCUAUGAACGCAUAAUGCAAAUUGAAUAAAACUGUAUACUUAUGGAAUUUACAAGUU